GGCGGCGACUCGAUCCAGCGCCUGACCUCGACCGGGGCACCAGCGGCAGCCGUGCGCGCCGCCGGCACCUCCGCCACCACCCGGCGCUUGCCACUUGGGAUAGCGCUGGGCCAGAUUCAGCUCCAGCUCUGCUACGACGUGGUGGCCCACAUACUGUACGUCAGCGUGCUGCGGGCCAAAAACCUGAAGACCCGACGGCCGAACGGCGACACGAGGCCGGACCCAUUCGUCAGGGCCACGCUGCUCCCGGACGCCAGCUCGGAGAAUACGCGGACUACCCGUCACUUCUCGUACGAGUCGGUGCCGGAGUGGAACCAGACCAUGGUGUACCCCAAGGUGCAGGCCGAGACUCUGCGUGCCUCCAGCCUGGAGGUCUCCAUCUGGAACCACGAUCUGUACAAGGGCAACGAGCACCUGGGACAAGUCUGCAUCGAUUUGUCAGAUCCACACAGCGUCGACGAGCAGCCUCGCUGGUACCAGCUGGUGGCGCUAGAUGGCAGGGGCGGGCAGAAGUCGGACGGCCGCCGCCGUUCCGACAGGCAUUUUCUGCCCAGAAAGUCGCGGGCGAAGCGGCCUGACGUGCUGCCCAUGGAGACCGACCAGGGAGCCAACCAGCGUCAGACUAAGUACAUUUUCGCUACCUCGGGCAUCUCAGCGACGUCCAUGUUUCCGGGCCGCUGUCACGGCAACAUGUGCUCCAUUUUGUGAGCCGUGCCACGGGCGGCAGCUGACGGCGGCCAGCGGCACGCACGCGCCAUCUUCCCAGACCGGCACCGCCCGCCAAACAAGCUCGCGUGUCGGCUCUCCGUAUCGUGCUGGUGUGCCGCGUAACGAAGUGUCGGGCCGGCGUCACUGAUCUGUGGAAGGUCGCUGCCAGCCGGCCCUCCGACACCAACUCUGCGCGCCCGUAAAACGGGCUCGCCGACAUCAGCUCUGUGAGCCCGGAGAACCGGCUCGCCAAUACCAGCUCUGUGCGCCCGGAGAACCAGCCCCAAGGACACGGGCUCUGUGCGCCGGGAGAACCGGCUCGCUGACACCAGCUCUGUGCGCCGGGAGAACCGGAUCGCUGACACCAACUCUGUGCGCCGGGAGAACCGGCCCUCCGACACCAGCUCUGCGCGCCCGGAGAACCGGCCCGCCGACAUUGCUUAGUCGAUGUAAAACCCAUAAGAGCCGCAAAUUGUUCGUAGUUCAUGGCAGAACGUUGGCCGCCAAAGCACCUGAUGCCGAGAGAUUUGGGCUUGUUUCGCACCGUUACUGGUUAGCGGUUCUGCACCGUAGUCGAUUGCGGCUGCAAAAUAUGACCACGUUCGGAGGAGAAACGAAACGACUGGAGGCUCAGAGUGGGACAGAUGGUCGAACCAGCGUUGAAUCCGAUAGUUUGCCCUGGAUGGGAAACAUGCGUCACUCGCUCAAUGUGUCUCGUUCGCUUCCAGACAACAGAAGUUUGCACGUUUUGUCUUAACCGGGCGCGCAUGCUUGGAAGUGAUUGAUAGGAUUGACCGCGAGCAACGUCACAGUGGCGGACGUCUUCACGAAGGGAGAAGACGUAGCAGAGGGCAUUGUUUGUUCAUAAUGAAUGUGAUGCAUUGCAUGCCGCGGUGCAUGCUGUUCGAACCUAAGGAGUACUAGACAUUCCAGGUGUGUUCAUGUAUAUGCGCCGUAAUAUCCUCAAUAUCAUCCUCUCUCGUAUCCGCCUGUCUGUAGACUAUCGAAUUAUGUUUAAGAGCUCCUUAUAACCAAUUAUCUGGUUCCGAUCAGAAUGUGCUUUUAUCCCUCGGGUUGAACAAAUAUAUAUCUUUAGAACCGUGACUAGGGCGCUAAACAAGUAGCUUUCUGACCCAUCUUUAAAGGAGAAAAGCGAGGAAAUGUCUAGACGGACAGAUUCAAACAACUACCUUGUAACAUAUUUGCAUCAUACUUGUAAUUCGUGAGCAUAUCUCCGUGUGCCGACUGUAUAUACAAGGUAUCGUUUACCUACGGUUUUCAACAUGCCAUUUUCUCCUGGCUAUCCCAUCUAAUUCCGUGUUUCGUGUCAAUGUGGUGCCCUGCGGUUUCAAGAUCUACGCCGUGAUGUAUGUCAAUAUUCAUAACACGCCGUUAUCGGGUGUGUCCAGCUGCCUGUGUCUCGUUUAAUUAUUUAGCCGCCUUGUGACGUUUUCUACUACUCGCUUCGGAGCAGAUUUGGGUUCAUGAGCAUUAAACGUGGCCCAGAUGAACUUCGUGCCGGGGAUAUGAAAUGUUUGGAUAUAGGGGUGAAGCGAGCCCCGCAUGCAAGCAGUUUUUAUCCAUGUCGCUGUGCUGUCUAUGUAGUGUAGAGUUGUACCGGUAGAUGUCACUGUCAGUGCCUGGUGGUUGGUCAAGUGCUUUCACGAACAAUA